UUGCAAUUAUAAUUUUUGCGGUAGUCCCUACAGGAGAAGGUUCGAGGCGUGGUGGGUUUAAGAGCUUUAAUAAGCUGUUCGAUUGCUUGUUUCAGUCCGUCACAGAGACUUGAGAAUAAUAAACUCAUCCAUCGACGUGGGACUGAGAGCAAGUUAUGGAUAAGCAGAAAACUGAGGCCUUUCUGAGGCUUUGUUCAAUUUUAAUCUUUGUGUUGGCGGGAUGCUUAGUUCGAUUCGAUACUCAAACCAAGUUCAUAAUCUUUUCUAAGAGAAAAAUUACGUUCAAGGAUUUGAAUGCUCUCCAAGCUUUGGUUUAUGCUGCUUUCGGGGCUGCGGGAUAUAAUCUUCUUCAAUUGAGUAGAUGCACUUUCUUUAUAAUUUGCUUUCAUGGAAAUUUGUCAAAGAGUUCUUACAGAUAUCUUGCUUGGAUUUGUUACUUGUUGGACCAGUUAGUGGUUUACCUUACAUUUGCGACCAACUCAACAGCAAUUGAGCAAUCAAUGCUAGUAGUAACAGGGAUGAAGGAAUAUCAGUGGGCAAAAUGGUGCUACAAAUACACAAGAUUCUGCUUCCAGAUCGGGGGAGCCAUUUUCUGUUCCUAUGUUGCUUGUUGUCUUAUGGCUUUUACAACCUUCCUCUCUGCCUUCAAUUUGUUUCGGCUCUAUUCCCCCAACAAGUUCCUCUGCUUAAAAAACGCAUGAGGCUCUUUUUAUUUGUAUUUGAAUAUUGUAUGAGUUAAGAGUCUCAUUAAUAAGACAUCUAAUGUCACAGUCCUUAGUUGGA